AUCGGAUCGGAUCGUGUCUGGCUUUCAGCACUGAUGUCCGGCGAUUUGAUGGCUCUACAAAGCAACAUACCUAAGUCGCCAUACCUGAACCUCUAGAGGGGAUCCAUCUGAGGUCGUCAACCGGCAACAAGAACCACUCAAGCCAACAAUAUGCCCCAAUUAUCCAACGGCUUGACUGCCAUGGAGGAGGACUUCAUUCAUAUACCAGAGUCCGCCUCCUAUCCCACGGGCAGUCUGGAUUUUCUCGUAAAGUUGCAGAAAGACGAAGAGAAACGGCAGAAAGCAAUGCGAGCCUCGUCAUUAGUCAACGGUGAAGAUUUGUCGAGGCUAAAGCUCAACAUCAUCAUCGUCGGCGCUGGUCUUGGGGGUCUUGCUGCUGCUAUUGCCCUGUCCAGGAGAGGCCAUAAGGUCACCGUCUUCGAGCAGGCACCGGAACUUGGUGAGGUCGGGGCUGGUAUACAAAUCCCGUCCAACUCGACUAGGUUACUCAUCAAAUGGGGACUCGAACCCUUCCUUGCAGGCAAGAUAGUCAAGCCAGGCAACAUUGCCUUCCGGAGAUGGGAAGACGGCAAGACGAUUGGACUCACCAAGCUCAUUCCGCAAUUCGAGAGAGAAUUCGACGCCCCUUACUAUGUCGUGCACCGCGCUCACUUCCACGACGCCAUGUAUCAGUUAGCCUUGCAACUGGGCAUCGAGAUCAGGAUCAACUCCAAAGUCCUUGAUUAUGACGAGGACGCGCCCUCGAUCACGCUCGAAAAUGGAGGAUCCCACUCCGCAGACUUGAUUGUUGCAUCCGAUGGCUUGAAAUCAUACGCCAGGACGAAGGUGCUAGGUGGUGUUGACCAGGCACCUAGAAGAACAGGUUUUGCAGCCUAUCGAGCCACCGUCGAUGUCGAGAAGAUGAAAGCAUAUCCCGACACUGCAGAGGUGUGUGCCAAACCCAACCUGAACCUAUGGGUCGGAGAUAUGAGGCACGUUAUGACGUACAUGAUUGCCGGUGGGAAGUCGUUCAAUAUGGUUUUGUCACAUCCAGACCGUUCGGAUCCAAGUACCUGGAGCUCACAGACUCCUGAGAGGAUCUUGUCUGGCAUGCGUGAUCAUUUCAAAGGCUGGGACCCCACGCUCACCAAGAUUAUUGGUAUGAUUGACACGACGUUGAAAUGGCCGCUUAUGAGUGGCUCGCCUCUACUAAGAUGGGUAUCAGCGUCCAGCAAGCUCCUUAUAAUGGGAGAUGCGGCACAUGCCAUGGUUCCCUACAUGAGUCAAGGUGCGGCAAUGGCGGUGGAAGAUGGAGCUGCCCUUGCCGAAGCCAUUCAUCAAGUCGAAGACAUCUCGGGUUUGCCGCGGGCCUUACGCGUCUGGGAAGCUGUUCGCAAAGAUCGAGCCGACAAGAUGCAGGAAGCCAGUCUGAUCAAUGGCAAGCUGUGGCAUUUCGCUGACGGCCCAUUGCAGCAGGCUCGAGAUGAGGCAAUGAGGCCUGAAGUCGAGGGGCGUGAGUUCGUCACGAGUCCAAAUCAAUGGAGUGACCCGACAACGCAGCGGUGGACUUAUGGCUAUGAUGCAGAAUGGGAGGUAAAGAAGGCUUUUGCUGGAAAGACGUUCUCUCCAGUGAAUGGCCAUUGAGUACCUGUUUUCGCAUAGUCGUUGGACGGGGACACCGAGUGUCCAGCAUCAGUUAGCUCUGAGGGGCCCAGCAAAGCCAACCAUGUGCAUCGGCUUAGGCAAGGAGGGACAAUGUGAAGGGGUAUUGUGAACAGUGGUCCAACAGUAUCUUCAUGGAGAAUCCCAGAGAACCACCAGAGAGCCCACACAUACCCGUGAAAGCAAGCUAUUCAAAAUAGAAGGUCUCAUCGGGAGUCCUCCCUCUGACCCAUUGAGGUUCGCUGCCGCGAAAAUAACUGUCCUCGAAUAA